AUGUGGAGAGAUCCAGGAGUUUCAGCUGAUUCUUUCUAUCAAACUCGCCCAGAUUGCACUGAUGUUCCCAUUUCUCGAUUUAAGAUCAAGCCUGGUAAGACACUAAGUCCGAGAAAAUGGCAUGCUGCGUUUUCGCAAGAAGGAUAUCUGGAUAUUGGCAAGACUUUGAGACGAAUCUACCGAGGGGGAGUCCAUCCAUCAAUUAGGGGAGAAGUUUGGGAAUUUCUACUUGGCUGCUACGACCCGAAGAGUACAUUUGACGAAAGAGAUCAAAUAAGACAACGCCGAAGGAGGCAAUAUGCUACAUGGAAAGAAGAAUGUCGCCAAUUGUUUCCUCUUGUUGGAAGUGGUAGAUUUAUCACAUCACCUGUGAUUACCGAUGAUGGCCAACCAAUUCCAGAUCCAUUGCUUAUGCCAGAAACCAAUACAGCCAAUGGAUCGACUGUACUUCCUCAAGAUGAUAAUAGGCUUUCAAGUAUGGACUCUGCAAAUAAUUUAGAAAAUGUGACAGACAAGAAACUGAUCCAGUGGAUGUUAACACUCCAUCAAAUAGGUCUUGAUGUGAUUCGCACUGAUAGAACAAUGGUUUUUUAUGAGAAGCAAGAAAACUUGGCAAAGCUAUGGGAUAUUCUUGCCGUUUAUGCUUGGAUAGAUAAAGAAGUUGGGUACGGUCAAGGAAUGAGUGACCUAUGCUCCCCAAUGAUAAUUCUUCUUGAUGAUGAAGCAGACGCCUUUUGGUGCUUUGAGCAUAUGAUGCGCAGACUUCGAGGAAAUUUCAGAUGCACUGGUCGCACUCUUGGGGUGGAGGCUCAAUUGAGUAAUUUGGCUUCAAUUACUCAAGUCGUCGAUCCAAAACUUCAUAAACAUAUAGAACAUAUUGGUGGAGGUGACUAUGUGUUUGCUUUUCGGAUGCUAAUGGUUCUGUUUCGUCGAGAAUUUUCCUUUUGUGAUUCAUUGUACCUAUGGGAGAUGAUGUGGGCUCUAGAAUAUGAUCCUCACAUGUUUUUGAUGUAUGAAGAAGCUCAAACAGCUUCCGAAAAAGCUGCGGGCAUCAAAGGAAAAGCAAAGUCAAUCCGACAAUGUGGAAAAUUCAAGAGAGAAAAUUUGAAAAAUGGAGCAAAGAAUGCCGAAACUCCUCUUCCUAUAUCAGUUUUCCUUGUCGCCAGCGUGUUGAAAGAUAAAAGUACAACACUACUCCAUGAAGCGCGAGGCUUGGAUGAUGUUGUCAAGAUAUUGAAUGACACAACAGGAAAUCUAGAUGCCAAAAAGGCUUGUACCGAGGCUAUGAAGCUUCACAAAAAAUAUUUGAAAAAGGCCAAGAAAGCUUAG